AGGCCUGGCUACACAAUCAAUCAAGAAAUCAAAAUGGCAGACUGUGUGACAGUAACUGUCUGCUAUUUUCACAAGGUAAUGUUCAUCAGAACUUAAUUUUAAGAAAAGCUUAAAGCAAUGGACCAGUCACAAGAUGAGGCAGUUAUCGCCACGAACGACGAUGCAUCGUCUUGCAAAAGAAGUGCCGUGCAAAAAGGAUACUGGGAAGAUAACUUCAUCCAGUACUUUGUUAAACAAGCCGAACGGCGAACACCUGAGAUCAAUAGAGGCUACUAUGCAAGAGUUAAAGGCAUGCACACUCUUGUGGGGCAGUUCCUCGAACUCACUGACCGUAGCUGCCAGAUUAUCAGUUUAGGAGCUGGAUUUGAUACACUCUUUUGGCAACUCAAGCACAAGGGGAAAGAUCCAGCAGUGUUUAUAGAAGUUGACUUCAGCAGUGUCACAAGCAGAAAAUGUCACAGCAUAAAAAUGCGAAAGCAGCUGAAAGAAGUCUUUACGGCAGAGGACAACUUAACUAUAGAUCCAAAUGAAGUUCACUCCAAGAGUUAUCAUCUCAUUGCUUCUGAUCUACGUGAUUUAUCAGCACUAGAUACUAAAUUUACAGAGAUUGGAUUAGACAGAGACUUGCCAACUCUGUUUCUGGUUGAAUGUGUAUUUGUUUACAUGAAACCAGAACAUUCUGCAGCACUCAUUGACUGGACUGGAAGAAACUUCAAUACAGCCAUUUUUAUCAACUUUGAACAGGUCAACAUGCAAGACAGAUUUGGACAAGUAAUGAUUGAGAAUCUAAAGUGCCGUGAAUGUACAUUGGUUGGUGCACUUGCUUGUCCUGACAUAGAGUCACAGAAGCAGCGUUAUCUGUCACACGGCUGGCAGGAUGCCAGGGCUUUUACCAUGGCUGAGGUCUACAAAAACCUUCCAAGGGAUGACGUCAUGAGAAUUGAGAAGUUGGAGUUUCUUGACGAGGUCGACCUUCUUCUUCAGCUACUCUCCCAUUAUUGCAUCAGUUGGGCGUACAAUGACUCUAAACAUAUAGGCCUCUCAAGUGUUGGAUUCUAGCAUUUGUGGUGUUUUGUAAACCUAUUUGACGGAUGAAUGACAAGGAAAUGCAUUAAGAAGAGA